AUGGCGAAGGAGCACCGCUCUAGUUCGAUUCCUCAAGUUGCAUCAGAAGCGCCAUUUCUGACUGCAUCUAACGAACUAGAUAAUCAAUUCAUUGGUAAAAGGAUUUUAAAUAAUUCCUCGGCCAUUGGCCGAUUGAUUGCUCAAGCCGCUAAAAUAGAACAAACUACUUGGAAAAAAGACGGAAAAACUACUCCUAAAGAGCUUUCAAUAAUCCUAAAUACUGAACUAACUAUGACUGAAAAAAAUGAUCCAAAAACACCAGACGCCAAUCCAUCAGAGUUAAUCGACAAAGUGUUUGAUAUGCCGUUGCAAAGUUAUGAUGAUUUCAUGUCUGAAUUUAUGUAUUUGACAAAAGACAAUGUGAAACAGACGAAAUUGAGUACAAGUAAUAAUUAUAACAAGAACUACGAAAGCCAGGAUACUCAACCAAAGACCGUAAACGCUGAAGUUGAACUUUCCGAGGAACAAAUUGGGAUUGGUCUUCGACGACAAGAGUUUUUGAUGAGAAAUGAUUCAGAGUCUUUACCAUCUGCAAUUAAGUUUGAUAACUUAGUGCCAUUAGAGGACGACUUAGGUAUUGAAGACCUGGAUAAUGAAGAUAAAACUACAAUAUGCAAAACUACUAAGACAAUAACAAAAUUGAUGGCUGAUGAGCAAAACGAUGAAUUUCGGGAAGACGAAAAGUCAACAAUUGAAUCAGAAUUGGAUAAUCCUAUAAAGUAUCCAAGCCAGCAAUCUCCGUUACCAGGAGAAAUUAGCAACGAUAAUCAAGAGAAUUUUGCAGUAAACUCAACCACUACGUAUCUAAAGCUACAAACUACAAAUGAAAAUAUUUCUCUAGAAUCCACCGGUGAUGACGUAACAAUUUCCAUGGAGGAAAAAAAGAAUGAAAAGACUCGAACCAAUGACGUUAUUCCUUUUUCAUUAGACACAAGUUUUGACUACGAUCGUGUUCAAUUGACUCCUAAAUUUUCUCAGAAUGACUUAUUAGAUAAAAAACAGGUGUUUAUAGAAGCUACGUCGUAG